UGACUCCGAAUUAACGUUUUCUUCCCGCAUAAACCGGUAGGUGUUCUUCUUCGUAUGUGUCGGUAAUCAUCUAUUUGCGAUCAAAUCCAGACAACGACGAGGAAGAAGAAGAAGAAGAAGAAGAAGAAGAAGAAGAAGAGGAAGAAGAGGAAGUAGAGGAAGUAGAAGAAGAAGGAGGUGGUGGUCAAAAACUUUAUUAAUGUGAGUGCGGAGCCGUCCGUGUGUGUAGAUAGAGCAAUGGCCGGCCCAGAGCUCCUGCUGGACUCGAGUAUUCGCUUGUGGGUGGUGCUGCCCAUCGUCUUCAUCACCUUUCUGGUGGGGGUCAUUCGUCAUUACGUCACUCAGCUGCUGCACAGUGACAAGAAGGUGGACAUGGAGCAGGUCUCUGACAGUCAGGUGCUCCUGCGCAGUCGCAUCCUCAGAGAAAAUGGCAAAUACAUCCCUAGACAGUCGUUCACCAUGAGGAAACAUUACUUCAACAAUGCAGAGACCGGCUUCUUCAAGAAGGUCAAGAGAAAGGUCGUCCCCAAAAACCCAAUGACAGACACCAGCAUGCUGACAGACAUGAUGAAAGGCAACCUGACCAAUGUGCUUCCCAUGAUCGUGAUUGGUGGAUGGAUCAACUGGGUCUUCUCUGGAUUCGUCAUAACCAAGGUUCCGUUCCCACUGACGCUGAGGUUCAAGCCCAUGUUACAACGUGGAAUCGACCUGCUGACGCUGGAUGCCUCCUGGGUGAGCUCUGCAUCCUGGUACUUCCUUAACGUCUUUGGCCUGAGGAGCAUGUACAGCCUCAUCCUGGGACAAGACAACGCGGCUGACCAAUCACGCCUCAUGCAGGAUCAGAUGACGGGCGCCGCCAUGGCCAUGCCCCCAGACCCCAACAAGGCUUUUAAGAGUGAGUGGGAGGCACUGGAGAUCGUGGAGCACAAGUGGGCCCUGGAGAAUGUGGAGGAGGAGCUCAUGUCCAGAGACCUGAACUUUGGAACCUUCUUCAGCCAGGACAUCAAGUCCACCAUGUUCUAGAAGCACCACAAGCUUCUGGAGCUUUUACCUCUUCGGGUACGCGACGCUUGAAGGUUCUGCUGCUCUCCAGAACAUUCACUGUUGAUGCUGCGUGGCGAUGCAUUCACUGACGUGGUGCUUUUGCCAUCAUCACCAAUCUGAUCUGUUAACCCUGAAAUGACCUUGUGUUGUGUAUUUAUGAAUAAAUAUAUUCCAACUUGAACAUGUGAAAAUAUGCCAACAAAGUUUCUGGAUCAUAACAGUUGUCUUUUUUUAAUUAUUUGAAAACUCUUAUAAAAUCUGGUGAUAUUUGACAAAGAGGAAGACCAAAAGAAGUUUGCUCUGGUAGAAAAAUACUGUAUAGCAGCAGCGCCAUCAGCUGUCAAACGUUUGGUCUGUUUGUCGUUAAAUAUGAAAAUAAGUGUUGACUGCCAAACUCAUUCAAUAAAUACCAGAACAAGCAAAAUAUACACAAGGAAAGCAAACACGACUUUGCUGCGUUACCCAUGAUCGCCUCCUGGUGAUGUGUGAGCACAUGAUGCAAUCCACUAAAACGAGUCCAAAGAAUUGGGUGACAUGAUCCUAAUGUGAUUAUUUUCAACCAGAUGAAAUUCAACGAAGAAAUAGAAAAAGCUGAUGUUGGCCGAUAAAAGUCCAGACUUGUCCAAUCAGACUUGCUGAACUUUGAAGCUCAUCCCCCUCAGUGUUGUCGUACAUUAAAAAUCUUUCAGAGAAAGAAAAUAAAAUUUACCAGGCGAAAGUUUCUUCACCGCACGUUGGUGCCUUUAGUCCGUUUCCAUGGUGAGAGCAGGGCUGGCGUCCGUGCACAGCGUGACAUCAGCUGA